AUGCGGAAUCGAGUGAAAGCAAACCUUGAUCUAGGGAACUUCACCUGGCGUUACAUCCCAACAGACAAAAACCCAAGCAAGUCCUUGUGGCCAGAGCAACCUAAAAUUACAGAAACUAAGGAAGCGUCAUGUGAAACUCUACCAGCCAAGAAAGAGAAAGGGAAAGCCACAGACAAAAGAAAACAAUGUGUCAAAACCAUCCUUCGAAAGCACAAGUACUGGAAACUUCUUUGUGUUACAGCGUACAUGUUCCGAUUCAUAAGACAUCGCAGAAAUAAGGAAAAGCAAACGGGGCCAUUGACAACUGACAAGAUUGCAGCAGCUGAAAAUCCAUGGCUGAAAAUUGCCCAGCAAGAUGAAGAAGAAGACGAUGUUGGGGUGUGGAGAUGUCAUGGUUGUGACGCCAGCUACCAUCCUGUGUUCAUACCUCGAAGACAUCCACUAGCAGCAUUGAUCAUGGAGCAUUGUCACAAAGGAACCUUGCAUGGGGAAGUUCAGGCAACAACGUGCAAGGUACGAGAACGGUUGUGGGUCCCUCAACUCUAUCGAAUGAUGAAAUCAGUAUGGUUUAAGUGCAACAGGUGCAAGAAGAUAAGAGCCAAACCACAACUAACUCCCACUACAUCUGCACAACCAGAGCACCAGACACAAUACACAAAUCCAUUUUCAACAACAGGCAUUGACUUUGCUGGGCCAAUGUACUACAAGAAACAAAAGAAUUUGACCGCUAAGGCUUAUGUCAUUCUGUUUACUUCUGCAUGCACAUGCGCGGUGCAUCUAGGACUAUGCAGAAACCUUAGUAUGGAAGAGUUCAAGAGAUCCUUGAGAGAGGUUGUUGAGAGGCGGGGUUCUCCAAAAGUAAUGGUGAGCGAUAAUGCAAAGACCUUCGUGGCCGCCAAUAAAUGGUUAGAAACACUUCAACAAGAUGAGAAAGUCAUCAACUACUACGUAGCAAGCCAAUCUAUAAAAUGGACAUUUAUCUAUCAUGUGCACCCUGAUGGGUUGGGUUCUUCCAACGGUUAA